GGGAAAUCCACCAUCCCGAAACAAAGCUCCAGAACUUGUCUCAGCAAAGCCUCCCCAAUGGCGUCCAAAAACGUUGAAAAAACCAGAGCUAGAUUAGAGAAGAGAAUCGAGGAGGGCGCCUACUACGAAGCCCACCAGCAGCUACGAGUCGUCUCCCAGCGGUACAUCAAAGCGCACAACUAUGACGCCGCCAUCGAUAUCCUUUGCUCGGGUGCGGAAGCUCUUUUGAAGGCUGGUCAGAAUAGUAGUGGGUGUGAUUUGUGUUUGAUGUUGGUUGGAGUGUACAAGACUGGUAGUCUCGCUCCAUCUGCUACCUCUCGAGCAAGGUUGAUACAGCUGAUAAGUCUCAUCCCUCCGGAAGAGCCUGGUAGGAAACGGUUUAUCAAUGAAGCCAUAGCGUGGUCUUCAAAGCACGGUGAAUAUCCAGCUGGCGAUCCUGAGCUUCAUCACUUCAUUGGGAAGCUCUUGGCUCAAGAGGACGACACAUAUGAGGCAGAGAAGCAUCUAGUCGUCGGGACAAAGGAGAGCGCAGAAACCUUUGCCGACAUGCUGUACGAAUGGUACACUGAGGACGAACCCCAUACAGCCCCCAUCUAUGCAGCUCGGGCUGUCCUCCCAUAUAUGCUUAUUGGUAAUCUAAGAGAUGCUACGCGCUUGUUGACGACAUUCACACGCAAGUUGAUCGAAAACAACUCCUCUCUCGCCGUUCAGGAAGUCCAAACCGCUUCCGUGGAUUGCAAGGUUGUACCCUCAUUGCCACUCUUGAACUUCUUGAACCUUCUCCUUUUGGCCUGUCAGACAGGCGGACAAGACAUGUUCCGCAAUCUCAAGUCUCAUUACAGCAACAGCCUUAUGGAGGUACCGCACUGGAAUGAGCCACUGGAACAGAUCGGGGAGAUUUACUUGGGAAUUCAGAUCAGGAGACCUGCUAGCAUCUUUGACAUGAUGGGUAGUAUGUUCGGAGGAACUCCCAAUUCAGUGCCGCAAUCGCGUCAAAUACCCCCCGAACAACAGCCGCUUGUUGACCUCGACUAGAGCAGCCACAAUAAAAAAAUAUACAAAAAUGAUAAUUGAAACUUUAAUGGUAUAAUUGA